AUGACAGUUAUGAAUAUUAUAUUUAGAUUGGGAAUUGUGGGCUGCACUGGAGCUGGUAAAUCAUCACUCAUAGCUGCACUCUUCAACGUAGCGGAACUCGAAGGAGCCAUUCGUAUUGAUGGAGUUGAUACAAAGAAGAUCGACUUGCAUGACUUGAAGAAAAUAUCCAUAAUACCACAGGAACCAAUGCUAUUUUCAGCAACACUGCGUGAUAAUUUGGAUCCCUUCCACCAAUUCAAGGACGAUCAACUCUGGGCUGCUCUGGGAGAAGUGGAGCUGAAGGGUCACAGUCAGUCCCUGGAUUAUCUAGUCACCCAAGGUGGUACCAAUUUCAGCGCUGGCCAGCGACAAUUGCUCUGUCUAGCCCGAGCUAUUGUCAGGAAUAAUAAAAUAAUCGUACUGGAUGAGGCGACUGCCAACGUUGAUCCAGCUACUGACGCUCUCAUACGGCGAACAAUUCGCGAGAAAUUCAAGGACUGCACAGUUUUGACGAUAGCACACAGACUCAAUGCUGUUAUGGACAGCGAUCGAAGACUAAUGAUGGAUCACGGUCAAGUUGUGGAAUAUGAUUAUCCUCAUGAACUCUUACGAAAUGAGAAUGAAUAUUCAACGAGCAUGGCGAAUGAAACUGGUACUUCUACGGACAACAAAUUGAAGACUAUUGCGGAAGGAACGUGCAAGAAAAUAAAGCUCGACGAUAUCAGUAAAAAAUCAGAAAUGUAA